GCUGCCGCCGAGACCAAUCAAACCGGCUCUGUUGGUUGGUCGGUGUGUGGUGGUGCCGUCCCGUUAGCAAUUGAACGUCUCCGCCAAUUCGGAUUUGUGGAAAACUUUGAUUUUGAAUACAUUGUCGAGUACACCGAAUGCGAUUUGGGAAGUGUGGUUCGAGCGGGAAUGAAAUUCAUCAAAGAGGACAAAGUGGAUGUGAUAAUUGGUCCACCGUGCGCUCAAGCUCUUCGAACAAUGUCGAUUUUAGCGUCGAAUUCCCGAAAACCCGUUCUUGGAUACGGAUUUGUUAGUGACUCGGAUCUCUCAGAUGUCAUACGGUUUCCAUAUUUGACUACGGUAUUGCCGAAUUCGCAAAUGCUCGGUUUUGCAGUUGCAAAAGUCCUCCAACAAUAUCAUUGGUCCAGAGUUGCCAUGUUAUACUAUCAAAGUGACAUACAGUACUGUUCAAGUGUUAUGACAGAUGUGGAAUCGACCCUAAGUGAUCCGGAAGCAGAUUUCGAUGUGAAUAUUGUGAUAAAAGCGGAAAUUUAUUUGAAUGAUAACCAGACGACAGAUAUUGUGCUACAAUCGGUGAAGAGCCGCGCGAGAAUAAUCCUCUGGUGCUCUCAAACUGCUUUUGAGAAAAGGGACUAUCUUUUGAAAAUGUCUGGUCAUGAUAUGAUAAGUGAUGAGUAUGUGCAUAUAAUGCUUUCAAUGAGGAAUAUAGCGUUUGGUGUUCAAUCUUCGUUAGGCAAAAGUGUGUUUUCCCAAUCUGGCCUCACCCCAAUCUGGGAAUCAUUCUCUGAGGGAACCGAUGGUUUCGAGUCAAUUGCCAAGCAGGCGGCUCAGCGGAUGUUGGUGCUCGAUGUGAAUUCUGAAGUCACCGAUAAAGCAUAUUUGCAUUAUAUGCAAAAUAAUAUAAUAAGAGCUGUCAGAGAAGCGCCCAUGAAUUGCUCAACAAUGGCUUGUAUGAGUGCAAAUAAUACAGUCAUGGGAGCUUACGCACGUCAUCUGUUCGACGUCGUCUAUUUAUAUGGCGUUGCACUGACGCAUACGAAUUCCACGGAUCCUGAAGUCUACUCUAAUGUUGAUGUGAUAGUCCCCCAGUUUAUAACUUCGUUUCAAGGAAUGACAGGAGAAGUUAAAAUAUCAACAAAUCUAACAAGAAUGUCAAUUUUUCAAUUAUACGGAUUGAAUGAACAUUAUGAUCAAGUGGCUUAUAUCAAUUUUACAUUUCUCAAUGAGAAAAUGAACGUCUCCUUGUUCUACAAAGACGAGGGUCCCACCGUAUGGCACUUCUACAGUAACCACAGGCCUUUGGAUAUUCCAAUCUGUGGAUUUCUUGGAAAAUCCUGCCCAGUUUCGUUUUUCCAACAAUACCAACUUUUGAUAAUUGUGGCACUUGUCGUAAUUAUCCUAAUGCUAAUUACCCUAAUCAUCGGCUGCUGUUUUAUCAUGUCCAGUCGACGGGCUGAGCAAUUAAGAAUCAAUUCGGAAUGGCAAAUCCCGUUUUUGAGUUUAAUGGAACCGGAAAAUCGCAAAAACGCACAUCACACCAGCAAACGGUCCCUACAAUCCGCCCAGACUGGGGAAUCCAAAACUACGGCAGUUAGUGAUUUUUGUGAGAAUUACACAAUUAUGAUCUACGAGAAGGAUAUGGUGUUAACGAUGAAGUAUCAAUAUAUGAAUUUAACAAAAUCGGAUAUGGAGAAAUUUGUGAAAUUGAGAAAGUUGGAACAUGAGAAUCUCAACAAAUUUAUCGGAUUAUCGAUUGACGGAUCUCAAUUCAUCUCGGUCACUAAACUAUGUUCCAGAGGAUCCCUUCAAGACAUUCUGUCUCGUGGAAACUUCUCGAUGGAUUACUUUUUCAUGUUUUGCAUUAUCAAGGAUGUUGCGGAGGGUCUCAACUAUCUCCACAAAUCCUUCCUCCGCCUCCAUGGAAACCUCCGUUCCGCCACCUGUCUUGUAAAUGACUCCUGGCAAGUGAAGCUCGCCGAAUUCGGAAUUGAAAAUCUUGUCGAAAAUGAGAUCCCACCCAAGAAACGACUUUUGUGGGUCGCCCCAGAAGUGCUACGUGGCUCACUUACAGUAUCCCAAAUGGAUCCGAGUGCCGAUGUGUACUCAUUUGCAAUUGUUGCCUCGGAGAUAUUGACUAAAAAGGAGGCAUGGGAUUUUUUGGACAGGAAGGAGGAUUCUGAAGAAAUUGUGUACAUGGUCAAAAAAGGGGGUGUAUUUCCGAUCCGCCCAGAACUUAUCACCGACAUUCCUGAUGUGAACCCAGACCUCACGGAACGCCUAAAAGCUGGUCAAACCGUGGAACCGGAGGGAUUCGAUUCAGUGACCGUAUUCUUUUCGGAUGUCGUCAAAUUCACACAACUAUCUCAAAAGUGUUCACCGUUUCAAGUGGUGAAUUUGCUCAAUGAUUUGUACAGUAAUUUUGAUACAAUCAUCGAAGAGCACGGCGUUUAUAAAGUCGAAUCGAUUGGUGAUGGAUAUCUUUGUAGUUUGCAAUAUUCCAGACAAGUAGCGGAACGCCUAAAAGCUGGUCAAACCGUGGAACCGGAGGGAUUCGAUUCAGUGACCGUAUUCUUUUCGGAUGUCGUCAAAUUCACACAACUAUCUCAAAAGUGUUCACCGUUUCAAGUGGUGAAUUUGCUCAAUGAUUUGUACAGUAAUUUUGAUACAAUCAUCGAAGAGCACGGCGUUUAUAAAGUCGAAUCGAUUGGUGAUGGAUAUCUUUGUGUUUCUGGACUACCCACUAGAAAUGGUUAUGCACAUAUUAAACAAAUCGUGGACAUGUCCCUUCAAUUUAUGGAAUACUGUAGGAAAUUUAAAAUUCCACACUUGCCAAGAGAGCAGGUCGAAUUGAGGAUUGGUGUUAACAGUGGU